CUGAGCGCAUCUCGGAGUAAACUCAGUCAUCGCCGUGUCUCCAGUGAACGCAGGCACAGUUCGAGCGGGAUUGCCAGGCGGGAUAGCUUCCAAGGGCAAACGGGUGCGCCCCUUGCUAAGGGGGCACUCAGGUGCUCCGCCGGUCUCCUGUGUCCCUAGGAAAUAGCUGGCUCGCUUACGACAAGAAAUAAAAGACACAUGGCUGUCCAAAACGGAAAAGAGUCAACUAAAGAUGAUAAUAAUGAUGAUAGAGAGACCUCCAGCUUUCGUUAAUGACGUAGGAGGAAACACGGCCAGGACGGGCAAGCAGGAGGCUUUGCUCAUAACGGGGCAGGCAAAUGCGUGCAUAGCGUUGCAUAGCUUUGUAAAGGGUUUGUGUGUGUCGUAAGGGCGUGAGCGAGGCUAGCUACCCCGUUUGCGUUAUCUGCGGAGCGAAGGUCGGCGAUAAGAGGAGGCAGCAGGGCGGCGCCGGCCGCAGCGAGCUCACUCGCAACCCGCAGCGCCAACUGCCGAAGGGACACCGCCAACGCUCCAACAGCAACACCGCAACCGACGCCCCGACCGCUACGAUGGCUUCCCUUUACAGCAACGACCGCCUCAUGGCUCUGGUCCGCGCCGGCGACGCAGAAGGGCUGCGGGCCGCCCUCGCCGCCCUCGCCGCCGACGCCCGCGCCGACUUCCUCCGUGGUAAGCAUAAGGGAGCGACGCUGUCCAGAUGGGUCAUGGGCGGAACGCUCCUGUAUGUGCAGGCAGUCAUUCAGACACAGAGACAGACAGGCAGGGAAAAGCACACAAACACUCAAAAACACGCUCGCCCGCACACAGACCGCCCUUCACUUCGCUGCCAGAACGGACACCUUUCUGUCGUCCAAUUCCUGGCGGAGAACGGCGGCGACCUCAACGCCAGAGACUGGUAA